UGUAUACCUCAGUCAGUCUACAUUAUAAAUUCAGCCGGGAAUUACCCGGACAAGCACUACACUGGGUUUUUAACAUUUCUCUCAUUCUGUUUUGCCCACUUCCCGUUUAUAUAUCUCCCGCUACAACAUUGAGUCAUUUUGGGUUCUACAUCAAGAGACAACAGCAACCAAUUUUGUGAUUUACUCAACCUAAGAGAACUAAAAGAACAUGAGUUCCGCAACCAAAGAAACCCAAGAACCAACAGAUGGCCGAACGUGGCGCCAGUACUUCCCCAAAGGUGAUUUGUGGGUGUUUGGUUAUGGGAGUUUGAUAUGGAAGCCUCCACCUCACUACGACCAACGGGUGCCGGGGUAUAUUGAUGGGUAUGUGCGCCGAUUCUGGCAGGUUAGUACCGACCACAGAGGAACACCCGAGCAACCAGGCCGCGUGGUAACAGUGAUCGAGCGUGGCUUUUGGGAGACACUGGAUGACCCACUAGCCCACCUCGAUGCCGAGACAACCCGCGUCUGGGGUGCCGCAUACCACAUCCCCGCCUCCCACGCCGAGGAAGUCCACGACUACCUUGACGUGCGGGAAAUCGAUGGCUACAGCGUGCACUACACGCCGUUUCACCCGGUGACAACCGCGGCGUCUACCAACACAGACCAACCCGGGUCGACGUCGUCAAUAACAUGCAUGGUGUACAUAGGACAGCCCACCAACCCGCAAUUCCUGCGAGACUCGGCGCGCCGCGAGCCUCAGGAUGUUGCGGAGGUUAUUAGCCGCGGCCAUGGACAGAGCGGGAAGAACACGGAGUACUUGUAUUUGCUGGAGAAGGCGCUUGAAGGGGUUGGGCUGGGGACUGCGGAUGGGCAUGUUACGGAUUUGGUGAAGAGGGUUAGGGAGAUUGAGGGAGGUGGCGAGGCUAGGAGGGAGGAGGAGAAGGCUGAGAGGGAUGUUCGGGAGGCGUUGGCUGAGGGGGCAGAGGGACGGAAGGAUGUGGAUUUGUCGGAAUAGGCCUAAGUUAGAUCGUGGUCGAUGGUGGCUGUUUAGAUUGCAUAGAUGCUAGAUUGGAUUUAAGGUUUGUGUGCGGGAGUUUGAGUUCCUGGAAAAUGCUUGAAUUCGAGAAACGUAGGAAAUUAGACGUUUCAAUUUUGUAGAAGAUGGGUGAAGAGGAAAGAGCAACAAUUCCCCGUCUCCAUGCAGACACGGAUUUAGGUAACAUAUGAAGAUGCGAAAUUGGAUUUCCACUUCGUCAAGAAGUUCGAGUAAUGGGUGUCUGCGCGGGCUAUAAGAAGUUGGUGCUGCAAUCAAGACUUAG